CCUUUAAAGCCCCAUUACAAGAUGUUUUGCAAUGAUUCGCAUAUAAAAACUUCGUAGAUUGACGUCGAAUCGUCAUAAUGAAGCCGACACUUGCAAACAUGGCAUACAAAUUACUGAUCGUAGCCUUCUGUGUGUCACUCAGCAAUGCUGGCUAUGAAACUCGAUCACCAGGAUUGGGAGCUUAUGCGACAAACUCGAAGAUCAAAAAUCAAUUAUCUUUCGAGUCUUAUCCAACUCAUACUCAAGCAAUAGCCAGUCCUUAUCCGUCCGUAACCACAAUGAAAGUGUUAACACCUCUUGUUUACUCACCGGAACCAAUUCCAUCGAGAAUCGUCUAUGAUCCUACACAAGGUUCUCACGGACAGGACUCAGUGUCGGAUUAUCGGUACGGAUAUACGGUUGAAGAUCCCAACACUGGUGACAGUAAGUCGCAACACGAAACGCGGGUGGGAGACGUUGUUAAAGGAAGCUAUUCCGUUGUUGAUGCUGACGGUACCAAAAGAACUGUGGACUACACAGCAGAUCCUCAUAACGGUUUUAAUGCUGUUGUACGCAGGGAACCUUUGCAUACAAGCGCAUAA